AUGGAGCUUCCGGCGAGCACGCGACACACCCCCGAACCCGGGCUUGUGUCCCAGUUUCUACGGAGAAGCUCUACCAAACUCGGUCGUCCCGUGGUUACCUUUAGUCGCGCGCCCGCGCCGCCGCGUCGACCGCCCCGGCCGGAUUCACCCCCCGUCGUCGACAGGCCUGACUCGGAGCGCAGAAAGCUUGAAGGUUCCAGGAUGUAUCCUUUGCCACAGCUCCAGCGGUCAGUCUCCAUGCUUGAUAAGGAUGUGUUUAUGCGGCCUCGGCGCCCGCCCCGACCCCCGGUCUCCAUUUCCAUGGACUGUCCUAUUCAAGUACAACCCGGACGGAUGUUCUCGCCGAAUAACGUCAUGGUAUCGCAAGCGAGGGAUAAUCUUUCCUCAACCGAGCUGGCACCUCGGAUUCCCCCACGUUCACCGCUUCGCCCGCUGGCAUCAGGGCGGCCGCGGUCUGUGGACUUGGCAUCUACUCGGUCCAUACUGCCUCAAAGCUCCUUACUCUCGAGACUCGGAACAGGUCAAUCAAGGGAACAGCAAAGCCCAGCGUCCAUGAAGCACCAUUCGGGUUCCGAGCUAGGCAUUUCAGACGAUGUGACUCCUGGUGGUUCUGACCUGCGCCGGUUCAGUUCAUUUGCCGAUUUGGUUGAGGCUAAAGCACGCAAGGCCAAGGGGACAGAUGGCAGCCCCUGGAUCUGAGAACUAGC